AUGGGUGGCUCAGCUUUCUCGUCAGGAUGCAAUCCACUCUUAACUCCCCGAAUGCCGAAAAGAGUCUACGAAGCCACCAAAGGCAGAUGCGAAGAGAUUCUCCGCACUUUGUACUCUUGCGUGGAGUCUCCUCUUGAGGGCCCAGGCAAAACGGACUUUGGGGACAUCGAUUUUCUGCUCGCCUCACCGAAACCAGAGGCUUCUGAAGGUGCUUACGCGAUCCAAACCAUAUCCAAAGCUCUUGGGGCAGAGAAAUCAAUUAUCGCAGGAGGCAAUGAACCUGCGGGCAGUCUAGCCAUUCCUUGGCCGACAGAUGAACAGGAUGCCAAGGAAGGGUCCGAUAAAAAGCACAUCCAAAUUGACGUCCGAGUAUGCGAAACAGAGCGUAAGCUACGCUGGAUGCUUUUCAAACACGGCCAUGGAGACCUGUGGAAUCUUAUGGGUUCAACAAUCAGACCUUACGGGUUGACCGUUGAUGACAGUGCCAUGUGGCUCAGAGUCCCCGAGAUUGAAGAGUCUGAUAGAAAGCGAGCCAGGAUCUAUCUCACGUCUGAUCCAGCCAAGGUCAUGGACUUUCUUGAUAUGCCAAUGGACGGAUACUGGGACAAGUCUUUCCCCAGCGUCGAAGAAAUGUUUGAUUACGCUACUCUUUGUCGAUUCAUGUACGUUCCCCCGGUUGCACCAGAGCCCGAUGCAAAGAAACUCAAAGCAAACGAUCGCCGGCGCAUGACCUAUCGGCCUGUUUUCAAGAAAUGGGUCGACGAAUUCCUUCCCGAAUGCCGCCGCCUUGGAAAGUUCCCGGAGCAGAAAUUUACGAGGGAGCAAGUGACCAAAGAGGCCUUCUCUACAUUUGGCGUUGAAGAGGAGUUCAACACUCGACGCAAGGCGUUUCUAGCCGAGCGACAAAGAGACCUUAUCUGGAAUACAUCCAUAAAAGGCGGCAUCCCGGAGCUUAAAUCCUCAGAACCACAAGACAUUCUUUAUAGAUCGUGUCUUGCCAAAGCCCUGAAGAGGAUUAUUCUCGAGGAUGAUACGAGCUAUGGCAUUGUGCCGGAAAAGAGCCUCAAGAAUCCUGACGGUACUUACAACAUGGAAGAUGUUCAAGCCUUUGUUGCAAAUCAUCAUGAAGAUGUUGGGAAGGCAGCCAUGAGUCGCCACAAUGAUCAUUACACCCAACGCAGAGCCACAAAGAAGAUUAAAACAAAACAAGAAUCAUCCUAA